AACCCACUUGGCAGGGGUCUUGAAGCAAAGAGACACCAAAGACUCGCUCUCCUGCCUCCAGGCAGCCCCUGCUCGCCUGCUCACCCACCUUGGUGCUGCUCUCACCAGCUUGCAGCAUGACCCUGUGGAAUGGCGUGCUGCCUUUUUACCCUCAGCCCCGGCAUGCUGCGGGCUUCUGCGUCCCGCUGCUUAUCGUCAUUCUGGUGUUCUUGGCCUUGGCGGCCAGCUUUCUGCUUAUCUUGCCGGGAAUCCGUGGCCACUCGCGCUGGUUCUGGUUGGUGAGAGUUCUUCUCAGUCUGUUCAUAGGCGCAGAAAUUGUGGCGGUGCAUUUCAGCACAGAAUGGUUCGUGGGCACAGUGUACACCACCACAUCCUACAAAGCCUUCAGUGCUGAGCGCGUUCGAGCCCAUGUUGGUCUGCAAGUGGGUCUGGAAGGCGUUAAUAUUACACUCACAGGGACCCCAGUUCAACAGCUGAACGAGACCAUUGACUACAACGAGCAGUUCACCUGGCGUCUGGACGAGGACUACACCGCAGAGUACGUGAGUGCACUGGAGAAGGGGCUGCCAGACCCAGUGCUCUACCUGGCAGAAAAAUUCACACCGAGCAGCCCUUGCGGGCUGUACCACCAGUACCACUUGGCGGGACACUAUGCCUCGGCCACGCUGUGGGUGGCGUUCUGCUUCUGGCUCCUGUCCAACGUGCUGCUCUCCACGCCAGCCCCGCUGUACGGUGGCCUGGCGCUGCUGAUCACUGGCGCCUUCGCGCUGUUUGCUGUCUUUGCCUUCGCUUCCAUCUCCAGCGUGCAGCUCUGCCCACUCCGCCUCGGCUCCUCUGCACUCACCGCUCAUUACGGAGCCGCUUUCUGGGUCACGCUGGCAACGGGCAUCUUGUGCCUCCUCCUCGGUGGGGCCGUGGUGAGUCUCCACUACACUCGACCCCGCGCUCUUCGCAUUUUUCUGGACCAAAGUGAGGACAGCAGUAGCCACGGAACAGAGGGCUCACCUCUCAUCCUAACGAACCCUCUGUUCAAGCAGUUGGGGGUUUCGGACUUAAAGCUCACCACUAAGCUGUGA